AUGCUAAGAUAUAAUGAAUAUUAUGCAAAAAUGAAAGUACAUAAAGAUAGUUUGGGGGAGAUAGAAAGCAAAUGGUCAUUCAUGACUGAACUCCAUGAAAAACAAGAUCUUGUUAAAAAACUAAUGACAAUGAAAGAGGAACUUACACAAGAUUCCCAAAAUACAGAAGGAAACCAGAUAAAACAAGUACAGGAAGACAUUACAAAGCUAAAGGAUCAAAUUAUAACUGUAAAAGAAUCUAUCAUUGAAAGAACUUGUUUUCUUGAAGAAGAAAAAAAUACCCAUGAAAAAUUAAGAAAAGAAAUAGAGAUACAACAUAAGAGAUAUGGUGCAAUUCUUAAGCAUUUGCACUGUCAGGUGAACAAACUUCAGUCAAACAGAAGACAAUAG